AUGCAUGACGUCAAGCCAGCGGGCGGCGCUGCGACGGAGGCACUUGUUUUGACGCGCGCUGUUCUCGCUAGCGCCACCGCCGCCGCCUCCUCCGCCGCCGAGCCCCACGCCACUUCCUUCGCGUUGUCAGUUCGUUGCCGGACGCCCUCGAGGCAACACCGUGGCCCGAUGACAGCUGCUCUGCUGACUUUUCGUAGAAUCCAUUUGCAUGCAAGUUGGAAUGUGUGCAACGAUCAUGCCCAAGGAACACGUUUUGAAGAAUUAUCCAGUUUUUAUUCGGAGAGCUUGCGUGAGCAAUUGAGACGAACGGAUCUGCGGUUUUUCGUCGCCCUCAAUCCAGUGAACUGGGAGUGGAAAUCCAAGGGUAGAAAGUCAUCAGUUCAACGAAUUCGUAUGGGAAAGAAAAAUCAAGGACUAGUCAGGACCUUCUUUUUAGGAAAAAAAGCAGCAGCUGCGGCGGCGCGGGAAGAGCGAGUUCCCGUUGUCGCGCGGCGGCUGCGCACUCUUUGCCACGCCACGUCUGGGCUCAGCGCAGCCACGGCUCGCUGCGCCGCGCGCCGCCCGCCGCCCGCCGCCCGCCGCCCGCCGCCCGCCGCCCGCCCGCCCGCACGCCCGCCGCCCGCCGCCCGCCCGCCCGCCGGCCCGCCGCCCGCCGCCCGCCGCCCGCCGCCCGCCGCCGCCGCGCCCGCCGCCGCCGCCCGCCGCCCGCCGCCCGCCGCCCGCCGCCCGCCGCCCGCGCCCGCCGCCCCGCCGCCCGCGCCGACGGCCACGCCCGACGCCCGACGCCCGACGCCCGACGCCCGCCGCCCCGCCGCCCGACCGCCCGCCGCCCGUCGCCGCGCCCGCCGCCCGCCGCCCGCCGCCCGACGCCCGACGCCCGCCGCCGACCCCGAACGCCCGACGCCGACGCCCGACGCCCGACGCCCGACGCCCACGCCGACCCCGACGGCCCGACGCCCGGACGCCCGACGCCCCGACGCCCGACGCCCGACGCCGAACGCCCGACGCCCGACGCCCGACGAGCCGAACGCCCGACGCCCGACGCCCGACGGCCCGACGCCCGUACGCCGACGCCCGACGACCGACGCCCGACGCCCGACGCCCGACGCCCGAACGCCCGACGCCCGCCGCCGGCCCGCCUCCCGCCCGGCAUGGUUCGCGACGUGUCACUCCAGCCUGUUGGUCGAUCUGGCGGGCAUCAGCGCGGCCGGCCGCGCGCCGGGCGCGGAGGCGAUGAACGGCGCGUCGGCGGGGCCGGCGGAGGCGGCGGCGCUGCGCAAGGAGCUGGAGGGCGCGCGCUCGGCGCUGCGCCGCCAGGAGGCGCGCUGCCGGCUGCUGGUGGCGGCGCUGGGCGCGCGGCCCCUGCGCAGAAGCGCGAGCGCCAGCCCGCCCGCGCCGAGCGCGCGCUGCGCGACCGCCAGCUGGCACGGGCGUGCUGCGCGCGCUCACCGCCCUCGAGGCGCCGCCAUGCGGCCAGGAGCAGCGCCUUAUCCGGCGGCAGCUCGUCGAGCGCGGAUCGCCACCAUCAGCGCGCAGGAGAGACGGGCGGAGGAAGGAGGAAAGGAGAGAAGGGAGACGAAUUAG